AUUUGCUUCAGGAAAAAACUAUCGAACUUCCAGAGAACACUUUAGACGGAAUCGAUGGCGACUUCUCAGGCGGUGAUGGCUACGAUCAAGUCGGCUAGACCGACUUUCCGCAACAACCACGACAAGGUCGCAUUCGCUGUUCACGCUUUUUUCCUGACUUCCGGUUUCGACCUCACUGCCACCGGACGGCCUGCCUUCGCUGACGACGCUCUGUCUUCGUCUUCCACUCAGGAGGUUGGGAUUGACGGGUGGAACGAAUUCGAUGAAUACGCGUUUGUCUAUACUAAUCCGUUGAACAAAUCGACGAAAGUUCUGGUCAAGUGUUUGCCGAUUGAUGAUAAACUUUUUGUUGAUGCGCUUGCUGAUGGUCAAACAGAACCUGCCCAUCUCGAGAUAGAAGUUGGGGAUUAUGUUGGUGAAUUCAACGAGGGGAAUUACACUGCACAGUACAAGAAUUUUGACAAAUUAGUGAGUAAUUUGAAGAAUGAGAUUCUGGAUAAGCUUUACGGAGGAGUAAAACCUGUUCCUUCGAGAGCCGGGUCCAGUUCUGAGACAAAUGAAGAGCGUGGAUAUCACGUUGAAAGGCCUGCUCCACUAGACCCUCUGAUUCACCCCUCAGUUCCAUUAGGCCCUCAGUUUCACCCCUCAGGGGUGCUACUUCCUCCGAUACGGGAUAGUGGUUUCAGCGAUCUUAUCCCCGGACCAGGUGCUGGAGCAUACCCUGUCAGGGGUGGUUUUGGCGAUGGAAGCAUGCUAGUAGGACCAAAUGAUCGUAACAUGUUCCCCCGGUUUGGUGAUCAACCUGACUACAUGGGACCACCACAACCUGGUGUGCCACCUCCUGGUGCUCGUUUUGAUCCUUAUGGCCCGCCCGAUGUUCCAGGUUUUGAGCCAGGCCGGUUCGGAAGGCAACCUCCAAGAAGGCCGCAUCCUGAUCUUGAGCAUUUUCCCGGCGGUGGAGACUUUAUAUAGUCAAAGUAAAAAGGCAUCUGCAAAGAAAGAAGAAAAUGUUGGCAUAAUAUAAUAACUUUCAUCUUUAUGUUCGAAAGUCUAGUAGUGGCUACGUACAGACAAUAGGAUCUACGUUUAAAAAAAAAAAAAAAGCAAGCAGACAAUAGGAUCUAUUUGCUUUGGUUCUUUUUUUUUGUUCGGAAUUCCCCAGCUCUGUUUAUAACUUUCAUAUAAAAUAUAUAUAUAUAAAAAAGUUUUGAUGUA